AUGGAUCUUGAAGAAGUUGUCACACAUGUCAUUGAUGUACUGCAUGAUCCGCACCACGUUGGGUCUCCAGUACUUUGCUCCCACGGCUUCAAAAAGUGUGACCAGUUUCUGGCGAACUGUUGCAAUGUUUUCGGCGAAAUACGACAGCUUGUUGUAGCCAAGGUGCAACAAGGUGUACAUUACCACCAGCGUUUGGUAGAAGAACGUGUAAAAGUACGGGUACACUUCGUGGAAACACGGUUUGCCAAAGACGUGGCUCUGGAUCUCCACAAGCAGAUUGGCGUGCUCCAGCACCUUCAGCACGCUGUCCAGACAGCUCUCAAGCGACUUCUGGUACGUGGACAUGAAAUGCUGGUGGAACUUGGCUCGAUUACCGUACAACAUGAUCAGGUCGGUGAUGGUGUCGCAGUCUGUGUCUAG